CCCUGAGCUGACGUGACGCGAAGUCACGUCGAUUGCACGCGAUCAUGCCGCCGAAGAAGAACGCCGGUGCCGCGAAGACCAGCAAGGGAAAAUCCUCGGAGGAGAGUGGCAGUGGCAAGGCGGAGAAGAAAGGUGGGAACGCGGUGAAGGUUAGACAUGUAUUGUGUGAGAAGCAAUCCAAGGUAUUGGAGGCGUUGGAGAAGUUGAAGGCUGGUCAGAAGUUCAAUGAAGUUGCAGCGACGUACAGCGAGGACAAGGCCAGAUCUGGGGGUGAUCUUGGUUGGAUGACGCGAGGCUCCAUGGUGGGACCCUUCCAGGACGCUGCCUUUGCGUUACCGGUUUCUAGCCUGGCGUCUCCGGUCUACACGGAUCCACCGGUGAAAACAAAGUUCGGGUAUCACAUCAUAAUGGUGGAAGGUAAAAAGUAGUUAGCUACAGAAACUUUUUCAAACGCUUUUGUGAAACUUGUUAUACACCUGAUUUGUGAGUAAAUAUAUAUCAUAUCAUUUAGGCACUGAUUCUUUUCAAUAUCUGUGAUGUCUGUUGUACUAUAAUAAAACAUGUUUUAUAUAUCUUGCAUUUUUAUGUUAGGAAAGCCGGAGUGCACAGACAAUUUAACAAUACUUGUCAGAAAUUUAUGCAUAAUAAGUAAAAUGUUUUUUAAUAAUAAACCAAUGCGUUAAGUUA